GCUGAAAAACGUUCUCGGCCAACUCGCUACUUAUCGUUAUCGAAAACAGCUGAUUUAAAACUUGUGCAAUUUGUUAGAAAUUUAAAUGACGGAACACAUUGUUAAAGUAUUGCAGCGCUCGCAGCUGAGCCACAGCCAAACGGAUGUGAAGCCCUUUAUCUACAUGCACAGCAAGUGGCUGGAGGAUGCGAUAGAGCUGCAGUUGUUCAUCACAACGAGCAAUACGAGCUACAAAGCUAUUCUGAAACAUGAUGAAAUUCGAAGUGCAGCCGAAGAAUUGGAGCAGCCCUAUGAUGAGUUUUUCGCCGAAUGCAAAAAGGCACUCACUAUGCAAAUGGGAUUGCCUGGAUUCGACUACGAGCUGGACGAGCAACAGGCACAAUUCAAGCUUUGGAAAUGCACUGGCUUUGAAACGUUGUACGUUGAGGUGUCACUGCGUAAAGUAUCCAACGUCCAUCAGUUGCUAGAUGCAGCGAUCGAAUGUGGACAAAACCUGUCAACUACGAUUCCUUCUGUUGCUACAGUAGCGUCCAGCCAGAGUGAGUCUGCUGCCAGCCAACCUAACGAAUUGGCUGCGGAAUACGAGCAAUAUAUCAAAGAUUCCAAGCUACAAGAGAAGAAACUGCUCAAGAAAUUCCUGUUGCUGCUUAAUAGUAAAAAGCAGCGCAUUGAGGAGCUGGAGCGGCAACUGGAGCGACAUAGGAAUACCGCUGCUGACACAGACACCGAUGUGGAGGACGUGCAGCCGGAGAAUGAAAACACCGACGACGAUAGUGAUUUUGGAGGCGCCACACAAGCCCUAACACAAAAGGAAGCCAUGCAGGAAUGAUGUCUGGCUGGCUCCAAUUUUAUUUAGAAUUCCCCUGGCAUCCUCAAUCAAAAAUAUCAACUGUAUUAAUAUGAAUAAUAUUAUAAGAAAAUUGUACGUUUUUCCUUUCCAGUGAUUUGUUUUUCAUUUUAAUAAAUUAACUUUAUAAGGUA